AUGGAUUAUAACACUUGGUGGAUGGUUGAGAAUGGGAAAUUGUUUGAGAUGUGCGACGGAAAGUGUCCGAAACGAAUUGAACACGAUUUUUUGGUUUUUCCGGCGAGCUUCGCUUCAAUCGAUAAAACUGAACUUUCCGCAAAAACUGAGGAAGAAAUUGUUGAUGAAAUACUCGAUACGAAUGGCUCAUGGAGUAUAAUCUACUAUAACAAGAACCUUGAGAAAAUUUUCUUCGGGCGCGAUGUCUUCGGAAGGCAAUCGCUGGUGUGUAACAAUUCCGAUUCGAAGUUUUUAAUUGGGUGUCGCGUGAAUCCAGAGAUUACAACGGGUGAAUGGAUUGAAGUGCCUUAUGGUCAAGUGACUGUGAUGGAUCUAAAGGAUUCCAGCGAUAUUGAGAUGACUUCGUACUUUGAUGAGUACCCCGAUGAUGUGCUACGUGGCGAUUUCGCCACAGCACCGCUUAAAACAGUGAAUAAAAAACGCAAUUUAUUGAAUGUUCGUCGUAAAGCAACGAAUAUUGACGAAGGUCCGAAGCCUUCUUCGGCACUCUUUUGGAUAACUGUUCGCGUCACUGAAAAUUUAUUGAAGAAUUGUCAACAACGUGUCGGAAUAUGCCUUUCUGGCGGUGUUGAUAGCACGUUCAUCGCGCACGUCGCUCACCACGCCAUUCCCAAGAAUUACCCGUUGGAUCUAGUGAAUGUGGCGUUUGGUGAUUCGAGAGAAGCCUGCUCGAAAGCUCCGGAUCGCAAGCGCUCGAUUGAGGCGUUGAAAUCGAUCAGAGCGCAAUACCAAGAUAGGGUUUUUCGACUAAUUUUGGUUGAUGUGCAUUCAGAGGAGCUACUAAACUGCAGGAAGCAAUAUAUUUCGACGGCGGCUCGGCCGGCGUGCUCCGUGUUGGACGACUCGCUGUCAUGCGUUUUGUGGUUCGCGUUAAGAGCCGAAGGUCGAGAUUAUGAUACCGACGAGCGAGUCGAUUCAGAAGCUCGAAUCAUGCUAUUGGGCAGCGGAGCCGAUGAGCUUCUUGCCGGAUACGCUAGACAUCGAACGAGAUUCGAAAAGGAUCAGAAUGUUGAGUGCGUCGCCGAGGAAUGCGAGCUUGAACUUCGCCGACUUGGAUCUCGAAAUGGCGGCCGCGAUGCGCGCGUCGCCGCCCAACUACGAAAAACCAUUAUUACCAUUAUCUCGCCGCUAUUGGAAGACGACGUCGUCGAGUUUUUGAACAAUUUGCCAGGCAACUCGAAAUGGGAUUUGUCGUUGCCGAGAGGUGUCGGCGAAAAGAAGAUUUUGCGAGAAGCUGUUCGCGACCUUGGCUCACCGUACGAUAUGCCGAAACAAGCAAUGCAGUUUGGCUCGAGAAUGGCGCAGAUGAGCAAUCAGGGGAAUUCGGCGAUCAAGGGAAGCGACAAAUCUCCGCAUUUGACAUAA